CUCCCCCUCCCCCACCUCUGCGGACUGUUCCUACCUACUCGUACCCUCUCUACCCUACCUUCGCCAUUCCACGCCCCUCUUACGAAUCAAAUCGCUUGCACGGCUUUACUCCGUUGCGUUGCGUUGCGUUGCCUUCUGGCCCAGCCCCAAUUCCCGCGGCCAGCGCUUGUUGUCUAAUCUGAGCGUAGGAAGUCCGAUUAUUUCUGUUGUGAUGGGGCGUGCGAUAACGGCCUACGGCAUUUCCAUGCCGAGAAUAGUCCUGCUCCUGGCCAAUUAUGCCACUGCCUUUGAAAAUAUUUGAGAAAACCCUCCCCGUAUUAAGGGUAAUCGGUGUGGAUCGCCGGUGCUAACCAUUUCGAUGGCAAUGAUAUAUAUGGUAAGUGACCGCCACGGUAAGUUAUCCUCCAUUCUUACCAACAGCAUAACCGCUGUUGCCAUUUUCUUCAAUUGAAAUGUUCUUUUGUCUUUCUUGUUAUGGCUCAAGAUGAUCGCCUUGUAGAGGCAGAAAAAAGUGAAGCAAUUGGAGCAAGCUCUCAGAGCACCAUUAUCCAGGGACCUGGACAAAUAUCCUCGACAUCAUUACCCCACACUUCUCGAACCACUUCUCCAGUGCCGUACGAGACGCAAGCCGCCCAGCAUGACGCUCAAGACCUUGAAGCACUGGCAAUUGUCAGAACUGGUCCAGUCUAUUCUGCUUUUGGAAAGUGGAAGAAGCGAUACAUUGUUAUAAUGGUUACCUUUGCCGCGUUCAUCUCUCCCACGUCUGCGAACAUGUAUUUUCCAGCAUUAAACCCUCUCCAAGAGGAGCUUAAUGUAUCCACCACUCUGAUCAAUCUGACUCUGACGUCCUACAUGAUUUUCCAAGGACUGGCUCCCACGAUCUUCGGAGACUUGGCAGAUAUGGCAGGGCGCCGACCAGCUUACAUCAUUGCUUUCAUUAUCUACCUUGGGGCCAAUAUUGGACUGGCCUUACAGAACAGCUAUGCUGCCCUCUUUAUCCUCCGUUGUCUACAGAGUACAGGAAGUAGUGGAGCAAUUGCAUUGGGCUUUGGCGUUGUUGCAGAUGUCUCCACGAGUGCUGAGCGAGGGAAGUAUAUUGGUCUGCUUGGAGCUGGAACUAUGAUGGGCCCAGCAAUUGGUCCGGUUAUAGGAGGUGUUCUUGCCCAGUUCUUGGGCUGGCGGUCUAUCUUUUGGUUUUUGGUCAUCCUCUCAGGAUGUUUCCUGGUUCCAUACGCUCUUACCGUCCCAGAGACUGGCCGAAAUGUGGUUGGGAAUGGAUCUGUGCCACCUCAAGGAUGGAACCUAACCGUACUCGAAUGGUAUCAGCAUCGUAAGGAAGAAAGAUCUUUGGAAGGCCUAUCACGCUCCGAAACAGCUGAGGGACGACGUCUCGCGCAGGAAGAAUUGGCGCGUGGCCGAAAGCUUCGUUGGCCAAACCCCCUCAAGACAGUACGCAUCAUAAUGGAAAAAGAUAUGGCUGUCGUCCUGAUUUACAACUCUCUGAUCUACACCGCAUUCUACGAUAUAGUUGCUUCGAUCCCUCAACUAUUCUCGGAAAUUUAUCAUUAUAAUGACUUGCAAAUUGGACUUUGCUACAUCCCAUUCGGUUGUGGAUGUGCUCUUGCAAGCUUCAUUAAUGGCAAAUUGCUGGAUGGAAAUUACAAAAGAGUUGCAAGAAAGAUCGGUUUUACCAUUGACCGCAAGCAUGGCGACGAUCUACGACAUUUCCCCAUUGAACGAGCUAGACUCGAGAUCAUCUGGCCUAUCUUGUACUUCGGCCUUGCUUGCAACUUAUGCUAUGGUUGGGUUCUCGAGAAGGAGGCAAUCCUCGCCGCACCUCUCAUUCUACAAUUCUUCAUGGGCUUGUGCAUAAACGGGGCUUUCAACAUUUUGAGUACGCUGAUCGUCGAUCUCUAUCCACAAAGUCCGUCGACUGCGACAGCAGCGAACAAUCUCGUCCGGUGCUUUGUCGGAGCUGGAGGUACUGCUAUCAUCAAUAUCAUGAUCAUUCGAAUGGGCCGAGGCUGGUGCUUUACAUUUAUAGCACUCGUCUGCAUUGCUGCGUCACCCAUGCUCUGGGUAGAGAUGAAAUGGGGACCGAAGUGGAGAGAGGAGAGACUUGUAAGGAUGGACAAGCAACAAGCGGAGCUAGACAGAGCUAGGGAGAUUGAAAGGUUGGAUACGCGUACAGUGGAUAAUGGUGAGAUUGGCGCACAUGCAUCGAGGAGUGAAAAGCGGGAGCAAGGUGGCGUUUGAGUUGUUCAUUUUCAGGUGUUUUGCAUCAUACCCGGCUGGUUUGUUGUUAUGCUACCUGUAUUGCAACUAGAGUAUUUUACAUGUGUAUACAAAGGACGUUCAAAUAUCCAGAAGCAGCUAUGGUCUCAUCGAUGACAUAUUGGAGGUCUUUUAUAUUGACUUCCAUCACAAACCUCGUAAUCGUCUUAAAUCACAAUAGGCCAGCGCUUUAUCAGAGAUAUACAUGAAAAGUUGUCAGCCGGUACUUUCCACAUAACUGUGGCACAUUAGAGUUGGUUAUAGUGUAUAAUAAAACAAACCCUGUAUGGUACCGACAAUCGAUAAUGCUGACAUCUGACACGACUGAUCGUGAUCCCAGCAUUUCUCACUUCUACGUCUGCUCUCUCUGGCCUCAGCUGAGUUUGACACCGAUGAUAAUCCGUCUUUGAAUGACAGUGAUGAAGGCCAUACCGUUCGUCGAUGAUAAGUUGUGGUGAGAUUUCAGUUUGUCAGUUUAAUCCUUCGUUAGGAAAGAUGGCUUCACAGAAUCCAUAUGACAUAGCAUUUGCAAUGGCAGUCUACCGAGAUUCUUGCAAGAGUUUCAAUGCGCAGCUCGAAUGGGAGGACUUUUGCUAGGUUUGAAGGACAUGUAUACCUCGAGCAUUGUAGCCCGGCCGGCAUAUGUACUGCUGUGGCGCCCCUUCAAGGACCAUAUG